AUGGAGGAUGAUUUGGAAUUUCAGAGGUUUCUUGAAGCUAAAGGCUUAACCAUUAAUACUAUUCUACCGAAACGGCGUUGCCUCUUCGCCACCAGAGAUUUCAUUCCAGGAGAAGUGAUUAUGAGGGAGGAGCCUUAUGUGUGUAUGCCAACAUGCUCUGAACCCCUAUGUCAGCGAUGCUUUAAAUCCGAUGGCGCUCUUCUGAAGUGUGCAUCCUGUAACAUCGCUUGGUACUGUGGUGCAGAAUGCCAGAGGCUUGAUUGGAAGUUGCAUAAACUUGAAUGUCGUGCCAUCUCAAGGCUUGAAAAGAAGUGGCAAGAGCUUGUUACACCUGAGAUACGCCUGUUGGUAAAGCUCUUCAUUCGGAGAAAGUUACAGUGUGAUAAGGUCAUCCCUACUACUCCUAUAGACAACUAUAGCUUGGUGGAGGCAAUGAUAGCUCACCGAUAUAAUAUGGAGGCGGAGAAAGUGGCCGCGUUUGAGAUGAAGGCUGAAAUCGUCAAGCAAAUGCUUCAGCAGCCUCGGUUUAAUCUAGACGAGGCAGUAAACAACUUUUGCAAGGUUUCAUGCAAUGCACUAGCCAUUCUUGACAUUGAUAUGGAGCAACUGGGAAUUGGACUGUAUCCUGUCAUGUCUAUUAUUAACCACAGCUGCUUGCCCAAUGCUGUUUUGGUUUUUGAGGGAAAACUUGCUGUACUUCGUGCUUUGUUGCCUGUGGAGAAAGGUGAUGAGUAUUUUGUAAGUUACAUAGACCUUAGUCGACCCACCAGGCAUCGGCAGAACGAUCUUAAUGCAAAAUACCAUUUUCUUUGCUUAUGUCACCGCUGCCGUAAGUUUGACGAAAUCGAUGAUCAAAUUUUGGAUGCUCUGAAAUGCAAGCAUGGCAAAUGCGAUGGUUUCUUGGUUGACAAAGACGGAUUUUACAGUCGUGACCAGAAAUUUGAAUGCAGCAAAUGUGGACGUGUCAGGACUUCGAAAACGGAAAAAAAAGCAAAGGACAAAUUAGAACCACUGCUUGUCAAGGGUAGAUCGCAUUUUGCUGAUCGCAAUUUUCAGGAAGCUCUGUCUACAUAUAAGAGGGUUGAGGAAGCGACCCUGGAUCUUUAUCAUCCUUCUUCAUUCAGCGUGAUGAUUGUCAGAAAUUUACUUACAAAGCUCUAUAUGAAGACAGGAGAUAUAAAAGCAGCGCUGGAAUGUUGUAGAUUGACAACAUCAGGGCAUGAAAGACUAUUACAAAGAGAAGAUCCUGUUCUUGGACUGCACUACUACGCACGAGGGAUGCUUGAAUGGGCUGAAGGGAACAAAGAGGAGUCUCUCAAUUAUCUGAACAAGGCUGCUAAUAUACUGCGAAUUACUCAUGGGACAAAUUUUCCUUUUGUGGAAGAACUCUUGAUCAACUUGGCCAAGGAACAAGAGGGAGGCCCUAGCGGAUUUUGAUGUAUAGAUAGAAAGGCAUA